GUUUUCGUUUUAUUUAAAACACAUAUAAUCAACUAUGAAAUAUUCUUUAAUUUGCAGAUUCAACUUUAUGGGUUUAACGCUGAGUUGUAUCAUAACAUGUCAGAGGCUCAACACAAGUCUCAAGGAAUUGUCGGCAUUUCUUUAAUGGUUCAGAUUGGUGAGAUCAACCAACCGAAUUCGGAUCUUAGAAUCAUCACAAGUACCUUCAAUAAAGUGCUCUAUAAAGGGUCGUCAAUCCAAAUUCGCUACCUAUCCCUGCACAGUCUACUGCCGGACACUCUACACUACAUGACCUACGAGGGUUCCACCACACACCCGGGCUGCUGGGAGACGACGGUCUGGAUCAUCAUCAACAAGCCUGUUUACAUCACUAAGCAAGAGAUGUAUGCCCUCCGGAAGCUGAUGCAGGGUAGUCAGGAGAUACCCAAAGCUCCGCUGGGGAACAAUGCUCGGCCGCUGCAGCCUCUACACCACCGUACCGUCCGAACCAAUAUUGAUUUCCAGAACACGGACAACUCUUUGGGUAAAAGUUGUCCAGUCAGUAUGAAAAAAGAAAUGUACUACAAAGCGAAUCAGUGGAGAAACAUGCCCGACACUCAGUUCCUGUUGUAAUCGGUGUGUGAGCGAGUCCUGUACCAGUCGUGCUGUACAAGAUAAGCCGCGCCGCAGAGUGUAGUGCCCUGUAGAUAGCUUGCCUUGCACAAACUGUACAAACGAUGCUGUACGCUAGAGUGUCUUAGAUGUCGAACAACAAAUAUUUAAUAAAAGACGUAUGUCA